UUUGAAUAUUUAAUCGCCCUCCCAAAGGUGGCUUGUGGAAAACAAUAAAAAGGAAGGCUCGCCACCUCUUCUUACACGCGGAGCCGCCUGGACUGCGGAUAUAUGUUCGAACCAGCAUCCAAGAUGAUGACUUGGCUGUUCCUUCCGCUGCCAGCCCGUCUGUUUCCUGCUUGCACACACACACACCCUAAGUAGCACACACAAGAAAUGUCCGGUGAACAGCAGGCAGCAACAAACAUUGACCAAGACCUCCAACAGUCCAGGUACGGGAAGUACAGCAACCCACAGCUCCAGAAGGAUGUCAAGGGGUGGAUCACGGCGAUCCUCGGCGACGAGGCCGACAGAGCCGUGCUGGAGCAGGAAGAACUUAUAGAAAGCCUCAAGGAUGGACGGGUGUUGUGUGCGUUGGUGAACCGCACUUUUGGCGACUCGACGCUCAAGUACAAGCCGAGCCGGAUGGCAUUCAUCCAAAUGGAAAAUAUCGAGAAGUUUCUCAACUUCUGCAAGUUGCAGGGUGUUGCACAGGACGAGCUCUUCCAAACAGUGGAUCUCUACGAGGCAAAGGAUCCUUACCAGGUGGUGAUUGCGCUCCAGUCUUUCUCCCGGCUGCUCAGCGAGAAGUUCCCUGGCAAGUACCCGCAGAUGGGGCCCAGCAUCUCCAAAAGGCACGAGCGGCCGAAGGUGCCUGCCAAGCCGAAACACCUAGUGAUGGGCCAGGGCGGAGUACCGUGGAGCUCCAUCGAGUAUGGAUACAUGAACGGGAGCAACCAGAAGACUGAGGGCGUGGUCUUUGGCGCCCGGCGAGACAUUGUGAACAAAUGAGCAAAUGAACCAAUGAGCCAAUG